CAGCGCUGUUAAACACGUGAGCCUCAUGUGACAGAGGUAGGUCAGGCUGAGAGGAGAGUCAGAGGGUUUAUUUAACUCGUCGCUUCGAACUCCACCACUUUCCCCCAAAAGCGUCGUUGAGGGAGGCACGGCUUCCUUCUGCGGAGCUACUCCCAUGGAAUAACUUUAAAAAUAAAAUACAAUACAGCGUUUAUAACAAGAACUUUUAAAAUGGCGAAACUGUAAAGAUUUUUMGACUAUUUUUUGGGACAUUUCUUUGCAGUUACAAAUAAGAAAGGCGGUUAAUUUAUUUAUAAACAAAUGCGCGUCUACUUCUGACCUAACUUUUGACCGGAGCUGCGUUAUUAUUAUUAUUAUUUAUUUAUUUAUAUUUUAUUUUUGACCGGAGGACAACAACAAAUGGAGCGAAUUCCGAGCGCGCAGCCACCUCCUCUGUCCAAACACCAGACUGAUCUGUCAGACGUGCAGGGGAUGGAUUUCCAGAUGUAUGUGUAUAAACCCAGGCGAGGAAUGAAGAGAGGAGAAGAGAGCAAAGACACCUACAAGCUGCCUCACAGGCUGAUUGAGAAGAAAAGACGCGAUCGGAUCAACGAGUGCAUCGCUCAGCUGAAAGAUUUAUUACCCGAACACCUGAAACUCACUACUCUGGGCCAUCUGGAGAAGGCUGUGGUUUUAGAGCUCACGCUCAAACAUGUGAAAGCCCUCACGUCUCUCCUGGAGCAGCAGCAGCAGAAGAUCCUGGCUCUGCAGAGCGGCAUGCAUAUCGAGCAGCCACCUGUUAGCCAGGAGAAGUCCGAAGAGAUGUUUCGCUCUGGCUUCCACCUGUGCGCCAAGGAGGUUCUUCAGUAUCUCGCCAGUCACGAGUCCGACGAGGACAUAACUCCAUCUCAUGURGUCAACCACCUUCAAAAAGUAGCUGCUGAAGUUCUGAGUCUGCCCCGACCCCGCACCCCCGUCAGCCCUCGACCCGAGGAGACCCCGGCCUACCAGCAGCACCAACCUCACGAGGAGACGUCGGCGAGCUUACCCCCGAAGCCCACGGAGGGCUAUGGGAGGAACUGCGUGCCCGUCAUCCAGCGAGCGUACGCGCCGCUGAGCGGCGAGCAGAGCGGCAGCGAUACGGACACAGACAGUGGCUACGGGGGAGAGCUGGAGAAAGGCGAAGUGGGCGCUCUGCAGGGCCGUGCAGAUUAUUACGGUCAGGAGAGCCAGCUGAAGCGACCACAGAGCUCCGGCAUCAAGCGGGAGGACGACGGCCCUCGCCACAAACGGCCCCGCGUCGAGUCCUCCGAGGACGAGCUGCUGUCGGGCGGAGAGUCGUCGAUCUCGUCCUCCUCCAGCGGCUACGGUAGCUACAUGAGCGUUUCCCCCACCCACCCUCCUCCUCCACCCCCACCACACCCACUCUGCAUGCCCUUCUACCUCAUUCCACCCUCCGCUGCAGCCUACCUGCCGAUGCUGGAGAAGUGCUGGUAUCCUGGAGGCGUGCCCAUGCUGUACCCCGGCGUGGGAGGCUCCUCACCCUCCAUGUCCGGUGAGAGACCGCCCCCACCUCAGCUGGUGCUGUCCCCCCGAGGAGGUUCACCGGCCCCAGCCGUWUCUCAGACCCCCAUGGACUCUCCCGCCCUCCUUCAGGCACUGAGGCAGGUACCACCUCUCAACCUGGAAACCAAAGAGUAAAAUGAUGAAGGAACAAAUGAAGGGACUGUGUUCUCUUUAGUAGCCAGAGACAAAGCCAGCGAUGGGAUGGAGAACACGAGAAAGCUGUUCACAAUCAUCCACCUCUUCUCUUCAUGACUUGUAGACAUGAUCACGCAGAGAACGGUUCGGAGCUGCAUCUAAACCCCCCCCCCACAGGGAGGAGUGCAAGACGCUCCGGGUGAAUGUUUUAAAACUCAGUGGUGUUCCUCUUUACUGAUGUAUCAUAAACAACACUGCCCUUUGUGCACACACACAAAUAUAUGUUGAUUGAAUGUAAAGAAAGAAAUGUUUUAGAUGCUGCUGUGGAGGUGUAAACCACGCAUCCUGCGUGUAGACGUUGCGAUAAAGACUCACCUCGUUGUACUCUAGAAACCUUUGCACCAAAYUAGCCGUAAUUAGUCACCCAAGUUUGUUGCCUAUGUCCUUCGCUCACCAUUCUGAUAACUGGAACACGCCCUUUGAGCCAGACAUCACCAUGACUGGCACCAGAAAACUCAAGGAUGUUCUGAAAGUGUAUACAGACGGGUUUUAGCAAACAACCUCGGUGGAUGAAGGGAUAGGCCACCACAUGGCCAAAGCGAGUGUCUUGUAUUUUAUUUUUUGACAGCCAGUUGAGAUAAAUUUCUAUAAUUAAUGUCCAUAAACUUAUUGUACAUUUCUAUUUUUGAUACCUGUUCUUGCACUCUGCCCACCCAGACAGGAAGUGAAGAGGGAGAGUAAAGUGUGCGGACGAUGUCGUGUACAUUCUGUAGCACUAUGCUGGACCUACUCGACGUGUUUCUGCUCAAGUCAAACCCGGUGUUUGUUCUUGCUGUUGCCUUUUUACUUGUGAAAAAAAAAGGCAGAUAAACUGCAGAUGUGUUUUUUUUCUCCUGUAAUGUAUGAAUACUGGAGUUGGAGAAGUAAAGAGGGGAGAUGUGAAUGUAAGUUUUACCAGAAAACUAGUUUUCUAUAGAGAGUGGUACUUAAGGUUUUAUAUUUUGGGACCUAAAGAGAGAUGUCUGAUGUACAUAUUUUGUCUAUAAAUGUUGAUAUAUAUCAUAUAAGUGUAUUAAUAAAGUUAUUUUUCCCAUGGA